UCUGCGCGGGUCCUCCUGACCGGACGUGUCGCUGUGUGAACGGACCUUGUGGCUCCUUUCUGUCUCUCGUCGUCUGGUUUCAACUCGUUCAACUCUCCAGCGGAGGCGAAGUGUCCACUGAAAGUCGGAAGUUGCUCUCUGGUAGUUAGUGAAACUGGACAAAAUGGCAGAAGACAGCAGUUAUGAGUCAAUGCUCUGUGUGAAGCCCGAGGUUCAUGUUUACAAGAUCCCACCGAGGGCUUCCAACCGCGGAUACCGUGCUGCUGACUGGAAGCUGGAUGAACCUCAAUGGAGUGGUCGGAUGAAAAUCACUGCUAAAGGCAAGAUGGCCUACAUUAAGUUAGAGGACAAAAACACAGGAGAGUUGUUUGCCAUGGCUCCAGUCGAACAGUAUCCAGGCUGUGUAGUUGAAUCAGUCACAGACUCCAGCAGGUAUUUUGUGAUCCGGAUAGAAGAUGGCAAUGGACGUCAUGCUUUUAUCGGUCUGGGUUUUGCUGAUCGUGGAGACUCAUUUGACUUCAACGUAGCUUUACAAGACCAUUUCAAGUGGGUGAAGCAAGAAGGCGAACUCGCAAAACAGGAAGCUUCUGACAUCGUGGCACCUAAGCUGGACCUCAGCUUCAAAGAAGGACAGACCAUCAAGAUCAGCAUCGGGAACAUCAAGAAGAAGGAGGCAGGUGGUGCCAAACCACGGCCCAUGGGUGGGGGUCUCCUCCCACCUCCACCAGGUGCAAAGGUUGGGGGUGUCAUACCGCCUCCUGUGGGACAACAGCCGGUCUCCCCUGUACAGACUAACACUGAUCCAGCCCCUCUUUUCGACUUUGGGUUCCCCGGACCUGCAGCCCCACCCAGCUCCGACUUGUGGGGGGAUUUCACAUCUGCAGGCUCCAAUUCCAGUAAAGAUGCUGUCAAAUCAGGAGGAUGGGUGCAGUUUAGUUGAGUGGUGAGAAAAGGUGCACACACUCAGGUUCCAUACAUUCCAUGGACAGGACGAUUGUGGCAAAGAGAAACUAAAAGAGAGGAACUGUUAGCAAACUUGACUGGCUCAUAAACUAUAGCCCGCUGACCAACACACUCUGGAGGAACAAACAGUAAACAUGUACAUAUUUUUUACAAUCAUAAUUCUUCUCUCACACUCCGCUAUGAAGGGGGAUGUUUGUUUGAUUUUAGAAGUCAGGUGACCACUAAUCCAUCAUUGUUGGAGUGUCUGCUCUCCUGAAGACAAGAGAGCACAUUGAUGGUUGAAAGGAAAGAUUGUCUCGUCACACUAACCAGAUGAAAACAUCUAUCCAUUUCCUGAAAUCAGAUUUUCUAGUUUCUAUUCAUUGUCGCUGUAAAUCAGAAUCAGAUUUGAUUGUGUUCCUCGUCUUUACAACAUCAUGCUCCCAUCAUACAGUUAUCUCAUUACACCAGCAACUCUCAUCUCAACGUUGUUUUUACCAUUUUGGGAAAGUUAGUUUACCUAUUGAAGUAUCCAUAUUUUGUUUAGCUUUAUACCAGUAUGUGUGUGUUUUGUUUUCUGUUUCCUACUUUUUUGUUUUGUUUUAGUAGAUCUGGCAAAGCUCUAUCGAUAUUUGAUGAUUAGUUUUACAUUAAACCAGGUUGUUUUAAUCAUGGUGUUGGAAAAAGUCACAAUGGCCAUUUUUUGUCUGUCAUUCAAAGUUUGAACAUUCUUUCGUUUGUCUUUGUUUACGCCCUUCAUCUGUCUUUGCCUCCUGUGUUGUUCAUUUUAAACAAUGUGCCUUUUACCAAAUAGAAAUGUCCUCAAUCUUUUUGCUAAUUUGCAUCGAGUAUUUGAUUAAGUGCCUUUCUGGGAAAAAAAGAUCUAAAGUGUAUAAAAUGUAAACCUAUGUCUUCUUGUAAAUAAACAAUAUAUUUCAUUGAG